GAUAUGAAAAUGAUUGGCAGUGAUUAUGUUUUGGAGGCUCAUAAUAUUUUUCACACCACCGAGGUUGAUGGUGGUGGUUGCUUCAAUGGAGCCGGCAGUUCUGCCUUAGUCUUAAAAGGUGUUAAUUUAACCGUUCACAGUGGCGAAGUUAUGGCCAUUUUGGGUUCUAAAGGCAGCGGUAAACGUGCUCUGCUCGAUGUCAUUGCACGCCGCGCCGAGGGUUCAACGAGAGGUCAAGUUUUGUUAAAUGGUUCACCAUUGACCAAGGCAUUAUUUCAACAACGUUGCGGUUAUGUUACACAGUCGUGUACAUUUAUACCAGGUUUAACUGUUGCUCAAACCCUCCACUACACACCCACCAUUCUUUCUGGCUAUUUGAAGAGUUCAAAAGUACGACAAGUGUUGGCCGAUUUGGCAUUAUCUCAGGUGGCUCAUAAACGUGUUGAAUAUUUAAAUAUGAGCGAGGCGAGACGUUUAUCGAUUGGUGUCCAAUUGGUUAGAGAUCCGGUCAUGCUACUUUUGGACGAGCCCACACAGGGAUUAGAUCCACUAAGCGCCUAUUUGCUCAUUUCCAUAUUAUCGAAUACGGCCAAGAAGACGGGCUGUGGCAUUUUGCUGUCUUUGGAAAAACCCCGUUCGGAUGUUUUUCCAUUUUUAGAUCGUGCUUUAUUCCUAUGCCUAGGUGGUGUUGUAUAUUCUGGUGGCACUCGUGCCAUGCUAGAAUAUUUUCAUGGCAUUGGUUUUCCUUGUCCCCAAUUGGAAAAUCCUCUAAUGUACUAUCUAUGCUUAUCGACUGUUGAUCGUCGUAGCCGUGAUCGUUUUGUUGAAUCAAGUCAACAAAUUGAAGCUUUGGUUGAGAGAUUUUCACGUGAAACGCCGUUAUCAGAUGGUCCGGUUAAUAAUAUGGGCAGUGGUAAGGUACCAUUGGCCUAUGGUAAACCCGGCGAAUUGAAGGUCUGGGUAAUGUUGUAUUUGAAAUUAUUGGCCUCAACAUUCUCUUGCGGCACUUCGGGCAUGAAAACGCUGUUCUUACGUUUAUUUAUUCUCCCAUUGGCGAUGAGUUUAAUGUGGCUGUUCUACACUAAUGUUGGGGAUGAUUCGCAUGGCUUUUUCAGUAAAAAUGGUUUAAUUUUGAACGUCCUAGGCAUGGCGUAUGGUUGUGGUAUUUUAAGCACAAUAACGCUAUUUCCCAUUUGGCGUAAACGUUUUUCCCACGACACUCCAGAAGGCCUAUAUUCAGGAGCCACUUUGUUGAUAGCCUACAAUUCAGUAUCGAUACCGUUUUCAUUGAUUUCAUCUGUAAUGGCAAGUUUGGUGUUAUAUCCAUUAUUAUUGGAUUCCAAAUUACCCAAUGGUACCACAUUUGCUUAUCUGAUGGUGGCGUUAUGGUCCAGUUUCGUAUUGGCUGAACAAUUGAGUAUUUCAUUUUUGUUGGUUGUUAAAGUUCCAUACAAUGCUGCCAUUGCUGUUACCUAUAUUUUGGUCAUCUCCAUUGCUUUGGCUAGUGGUACUGUGCGUUCCUUCAAAGGCUUGCAACCUUGGUUACAGGACAACACCAAGGGCACCCAUACACGUUAUGCCUCCUCUCUGCUGCACAGCAUUACAUUCCAAACACGAAACAUGAAUUGCACUCCGACUGCUUCAGUUAUAUGCCCAAAACCAGCAGAUUUCCUGCACGAACGUUUGGGUUUAGCUGAUCCAGAUGAAACUAUCGAUGUUGUUGCCUCAUGCGCUUUUGCAAUUGGCUUGGCCGCUUUCAAUAUGCUGCUCUAUAUGUUCCCGAUGCCACGUUGUGUUAGACAAAAGUUUCGAGACUGAUGAAAUAAAAAUGAAAUGCUC